GAUGGUGCCUUCCCCGAGCUCUGAGUGGACGUUUCGACCCGGAGGAGGUGGGGCUAGCGACGCUAGGGUACCUGCGUGUCCGGCGGGAGGCCCGCAUUGCGAUUGGGGCUUCAGACUGCCGCCAUGGUGCUGUUGCACGUGCUGUUUGAGCAUGCCGCUGGCUAUGCUCUGCUGGCACUCAAGGAAGUGGAGGAGAUCAGUCUGCUACUACCCCAGGUGGAGGAAUGUGUGCUGAACAUUGGAAAGUUUCACAGCAUUGUCCGUCUUGUGGCCUUUUCUCCAUUUAAGUCUGCCCACAGUGCUUUAGAGAAUGCUAAUGCAGUUUCCGAGGGUAUCCUCCAUGAGGAUCUCCGACUUUUCUUGGAAACCAACAUGCCAGCUAAGAAGAAGAAAGCCUUACUGGGUGUUGGAGACCCCAAGAUUGGGGCUGCUAUCCAAGAGGAAUUAGGUUAUCCCUGCCAAACUGGAGGUGUUGUUGCUGAAAUCCUUAGAGGAGUUCGUCUGCACUUUCAUUCUCUGGUGAAAGGUCUGACUGAGGUUUCAGCUUCUAAGGCCCAACUGGGUCUAGGACACAGCUACUCUCGGGCCAAGGUCAAGUUCAAUGUGAACAGAGUAGACAACAUGAUCAUCCAGUCCAUCAGUCUUCUUGACCAGCUGGACAAAGACAUCAACACCUUUUCUAUGCGUGUCAGACUGUAUAGAAAAAGGAGGCAGAGAAACCUUUCCUCUUGUACACCUCAGCCAGGAGCCUGCGUGUGCCCUAGCUGUAUUGUGAAAGGGGAGACAGCAACAACUUGGGAAUCUGGGGAAUUGGGUUUGGGGGACAGGGAGGUGCAGUGGGUAAGGUGUGUUUCUCCAUUGGACUGCUGCUUUUCUUUUUUUUUUCUGCUUAAGAUCAUCUCUGGUUUUUCCAGGGAGUGGUAUGGCUAUCAUUUUCCCGAACUGGUAAAAAUUGUUAAUGACAAUGCCACAUACUGUCGCCUGGCCCGGCUCAUUGGUAAUCGAAAAGAAUUGAAUGAGGAGAAGCUAGAGGCUCUGGAGGAGCUGACAAUGGAUGGAGCGAAGGCCCAAGCCAUCCUGGAUGCAUCUCGGUCUUCCAUGGGUAUGGACAUAUCUCCCAUUGACCUGAUCAAUAUUGAAAGUUUUUCAAGUCGAGUGGUGUCUUUAUCUGAGUAUCGACAGAGUUUGAACGCUUACCUUCGAUCCAAGAUGGCCCAAGUGGCCCCCAGCCUGUCAGCCCUCAUUGGGGAGGCGGUUGGUGCUCGACUUAUCUCCCAUGCUGGGAGCCUUACCAAUCUGGCCAAGUACCCAGCAUCCACAGUGCAGAUCUUGGGGGCUGAGAAGGCACUGUUCAGAGCCCUGAAGACUCGGGGAAAUACCCCCAAAUAUGGACUCAUAUUCCACUCAACCUUCAUUGGCCGUGCGGCCGCCAAGAAUAAAGGCAGAAUCUCCCGAUACCUGGCAAACAAAUGCAGCAUUGCAUCCCGGAUCGACUGCUUUUCUGAGGUUCCCACAACUGUGUUUGGAGAGAAGUUACGGGAACAGGUAGAAGAACGCCUAUCAUUCUAUGAGACAGGGGACCCACCCCGGAAGAAUCUGGAUGUUAUGAAGGAGGCAGUGAAUGAGGCUGGGGAAGUGGUUGCAGAGAUUAGGAGGAAGCUGGCGAAGAAGGAAAAGAAGCGGCUGAAGAAAGAGAAGAAGCGCCUAGAGGCUUUGGCAGCUGCAGAAAACAGCAUUCCUGAAAAUGGACAGGAAACUGAGAAUGGGGAGGAGAAACCAAAAAAGAAAAGAAAACGACAGGAGGAUGAGACUGAAGAAGUCCCUGAAGAGAUAUCCACACCCCCUAAGCCCAAGAAAAAGAAAAAACUUUUAAAUUCAGAAGAUGGAGUAGCAGCAGACACACCCACUAUAGUCAAGAAAAAAAAGAAAAAGGCACAAAAGACUUCUGGGGGCGAGGACUAGAACCCAGGACUUGAGGCUCAGGUGACCACUGGUGCUGUGUGUUCCUGGGCCCAGCACCCAAGGGCCAGGACUGUAAUUUCCCUCCCUCACCCCCAAUAAAGACAUUAACUCACAGAA